AUGUUUCUUGAGCUUCUCUGGAUCGAAUAUGCUCUGCUUUUGUUUUCCAGAGUGACGGCGCAGACGACGAAUGCGACGUGCAAACCAAUCGCAUCUAACUGGACAUCGAAUUCAUUGGGACAGAGUCCAUGUCUUGUAGCCGCUUACGCUUUCGGGGCAUGCCAGGCAAAUACCUCAUGGUCUGUAGGCAGCUUGCAGAACCUGUCCUCGACAUAUCCUGGUCCGACCGAGUCACAAGCAAAUCGCUGUACGUGCAGUUCAGUAUCGUAUUCGCUGAUCAGCGCAUGUGCCGCUUGCCAGGAAGCCCAACUGUCUCCUUGGGAUACGUGGAUAGCCAAUUGUUCGUCUUCAGAUAUUUCCAAUGCUCAAUAUCAGCACCAAGUUCCAUCGGGAACCGCAAUUCCUGCAUGGGCCUUCAUUGAAGUGAGUGGAGUAUGGGAUGCGAGCACGGCUAUGAGAAUAGCUCUCGAGGAUAUUCCAGAUUGCACGUCAUCGACAGACGGCACCCCCUCGUCCUACUGCAACGUUACGAUGCCGACAAUGCCCCCAGCGACCAUCAUCAGUAGCGCGCACUCCGGUGCGAAGCUCAAGACGAUCCUCGCGUCCGUCAUCGGCGGCGUCGGCUUCGUCACCGUCCUCUCCGUCGCGUUCCUCCUGUGGCGCCGCUGGUGUAGACGGAGGCACCCGGCCGCCGCGGGCGAUGGUGGUGCUGAGGCUGAUGCCGCGGAGGGCGACGUCGCCCUGGACACGCUGAAACCCUCCGUGGAUGAAGAGUGCCCGACGCUGUACGCGACCCAGACGCGCUCGGAGGGCCCGACGCGGCCGCCUACCUCCCACCCCUCCCGGACGCGCCCGGGAAAUCGGGGGUCCCGCCGUACGCAUUCAUCGAAGUCCUCAGGCCAGUCUUACGCACCCCCUAGUUUUGCGGUAUCCGACCCUGCGGCUACCGGUGGGGAUGAGCCGCAAGCUCCCGACGUCCUGCCUCCUGUGUAUUCGCCGUGCCUCCCUCCGGGCAUCGAAGCCUCCGUGCGGUAUAGCGCCACUCCGCAGGGUCCCGCAAGUUAG